GUUUGCUAUAAAUUCGACUUCUUUCCUAAAUUGUCAUAUCAAAUCGUUCUGAGACUUAUCUAAGAAGAACCGUCUUUGUAAAAAGAUCAUGAAGCUUCUACUUGUUUUAAUCUUCCUCGCAGUUGUGGGAACUGCAACUGCACAAGCAAAUGGACGUGUGUGUCCUUUAGUCUUUUUAUAUGAUUGCCCCGAAAUGUUAUCAAUGGGUUGUUGCUCAAACUCGGACUGUCAUGGAGGAGAUGUUUGUUGCAAAGUGAGAUUAUGCGAAACACAAUGUCAACCGCCGAAAAUAGAUGGAAGAAGUAGAGCGUAUCAUGUAUCGCCUGAAGAAUGCUCUGCACUGCAGAAACGCAUUAUGGAUAGACAUUCUGGAAGAGACUAUUUGUCUUUUUAAUGAACAUCUUUAUUCAUUGAUGCAUCUAUAAAUUAAUUAAUUCAAAUGCUUAUUGUAAAAGAGUAAAAAAUUCAAUGAAA